AUGGAGUUAAUUAUCGAGUUUAAAGAUUUUGUUGAAAUUCUUUUGUCAAAUGACAAAUAUAAAAACAAGAAGACUUAUCCUGUUGAAGAGGCGGAAGAUAUUGAAAAUGGGAAAAAGGAAAUAAAAAUUAAUGACGUUUUUGAUAAAGAUUACUUGAAUGGAAUUGCUAUUGCAGGAAAAUACCAUGAUGAAAAAAUGUUUAUUACAAAAGUAGUAAUAAACCCUCUCUUCGUUCCACAACAAAAUCUUGUGCCAAUCCCAUUAGAGAAUAAAGGAGAGGAUUUAUUAACAAAAGUAAAAUGGUAUACUACAAAUUGGGAAGGGAAAGAAUCAACUUUUGUAAAAAUUUGUAUUCAAUUUAAAAAUGGAGGAGAAUAUUUAAUUGCUGUAUUAACUAAUGGACAUUAUAUUAAUGGCUAUCAUCAUUUCCAAUUUUUUGUUAAAAUUCAAAAUGGUGAAGGGAAAAAAUGUUUUUUUAAACAUUUUAAGAAUAUGUCCGAGGAGGAUUUGGAAAUUUUAAAAGAUUAUAGAAAAGAAAUGGAAAUUGUAAUUGUUCCAAAAAAUGUGAUUGAAGAUAAAAAACGGGGAAUUGAAAAUUUUGGUUUGUUAAUAGAUAUUUAAACGUUAAUUUAGGGUUGAGCCUCGAUCCUUUGAGGCAGGGGUCGAAAUGCCUGAAAUCGGAACUGUCGGAAAUUGGAGAUGGUCAAACUUUGGAAGAAAUCAGAAUUCCAAUCGGAUUCUGAUUUUCCAAUCGAAUUCUGAUUUGAGGUCGCAAAUUUUGUAGUCGGAGUCAGGGGUGAGCGUCAUGGCGUUUGGCUCCAUUUAUGGCGUUUUGCAUUUGGCGUGUUUCAAAAAUUUGAAAAAUUGGCGUUUUACGUUUGGCGUGCCACGCGAAAAUUUUGGUCGGAUUUUCGAACGCGUAAUCAGAGGAGGGGCUAAAAGUUUCGGUGUUAGUGUCUUUCGUGGUGGAGACUUUCGGGGUCAGGGUUUUAGCCAAAAAAUGUUCGGGGUUGGACAGAUAUCGGUGCUAAUAGAAAUAUCGG